UUUGCAACAGUGCUGUGAAAUCAGCUGUUGGCCAAGCGAUAAAAAAAGGGCCCAAAAUACAACUUUUGUUUAUCAGACAAAAACCAAAACGACUGAAACAUAUUUCAUUUCCUAGAACACCGAAAACUGGCGCGCUUGUCACGAACAAGCGGAACACUGAUAACAGUUGCCAGUGGACUGGAGCCGCGAUUAGAAGUGGGUGAAGUUAGUCUUGGUUUGCUAUUAGCAACGCAACGCUGGCAAAUUCGCAAAAAUGUCAACUAAUUGGCGAGAGUUGUUCCCCACCAAGCUCACAUUUGUGAUCUUCCUGCUGUACAUGUCCCUAUUUAUAGGGCAGGGCAUCUUUGUCACGGCUUCCCAGGAAUCUAAUAACUCAUAUGGUUACAAUACCGUCACGGUUGUGCUGCUCACCGAGGUCUUUAAGUUGAUUGUUUCCACGUGCCUGUACUGCCGAGACCACAACCUACGCUCCCUAGUGCGAGAUGUCCACAAGGACCGCAAUGUCCUGGCUUUGUACAUGGUGCCCGCCUUCCUGUACUGCCUGUACAACAAUUUGGCAUUCGUCAACUUGGCCACUUUCGAUCCGACAACCUACUAUCUGCUGCUGCAGCUACGUGUCGUUGUCACGGGCAUUUUGUUCCAAAUUAUCUUUAAAAAGUACCUUUCGCAAAGGCAGUGGAUCUCUUUGAUAAUGCUGACACUGGGCUGUAUGAUGAAACAGAUCGAUUUUGGCAGUUUCUACAGCGAUACCAAUGAUGACAGCGAGUUGGCUGCCAUCCAACAAAACUCAAUUAAUCGAACAGCGAUUGAUGCGCCACAGGUGCACGGCAAGAACAUGUCCGGAUUUGACUUCAGCCUGAGUGCCGUUUUCAUUCUGGCCCAGACCAUUUGCUCUUGUCUGGCUGGCGUCUACAACGAGUAUCUGCUAAAAGACAAGGGCGCCGAUGUGAAUAUCUUUGUUCAGAAUGUCUUUAUGUACCUGGACUCGAUUGUCUGCAAUGCUGUCAUCCUGCUGCUGCGCGGCGAACUUCUGGAUGCCUUCAGUCCUCACAAUUUGAGCAGUAUUAUGCGUUUCAGUGUCCUGAUUAUCAUUGUAAAUAAUGCGGCUAUUGGCAUUGUCACAAGUUUCUUUCUCAAGUACAUGAACUCCAUAUUGAAGACCUUCGCUAGCGCUUUGGAGCUGCUCUUCACGGCGGUGCUGUGCUAUUUCCUAUUCUCCAUACCCAUCUACAUGAACACCGCCCUGGCCAUCGCGGUGGUCUCCUACGCCAUAUAUCUCUACACCCAGAGUCCGGUCGUUAAUCUCGGCAAGGUGCGUCCUCUCGCGAACUUAAGCGAUGCCACCGCCAAAUCGACGGACAAACGAAAACUGCUUGACGAGGAGGCGGCAGAGUCGGACCUAGACAUGGUGUAAUUGUAAUGCUGUCCUAGUCUUAGACUUAAUCUUAGACUGUAAAUAGUUGUGGAAAAGUGCCUGCAAAUGUUUUGAACGCCAGACGACGAAUGUAUUUGACACCAUGCUUUGUGCAAUGCAACAAAGAGCAACAGGCUUGUAAAUACCAAAACUUUUGCUUUUCUAGUUUAAGAUUCUCAGCGUAAAUGUGUUUUAAUCAUAACAUGAUUGCUAUCAAACUAAAAA